AUGGCCAAGCUCUAUUUCCACUAUUCGGCAAUGAACGCCGGCAAGUCGACCAUGCUGCUGCAGGCCUCGCACAAUUAUCGCGAACGGCACAUGACGACGCUCCUGUUCACGGCGCGGCUCGACGACCGGGCGGGUGAGGGGCGGAUCGCCUCGCGGAUCGGGCUGGGCGACGAGGCACUGACCUUUGCGCCCGAUGACGAUCUGUUCGCCAUCGUGCGCGACCACACGGAAAACGCGCCGGUGCAUUGCGUCUUCGUCGACGAGGCGCAGUUUCUCACCGAAGACCAGGUCUGGCAGCUGGCGCGGAUCGCCGACCGGCUGGGCGUACCGGUCAUGGCGUACGGCCUGCGCACGGACUUUCAGGGCAAGCUGUUUCCCGGCUCGCUGGCGCUUCUGGCGAUCGCAGACGAUCUGCGAGAGGUGCGCACCAUCUGCCGCUGCGGCCGCAAGGCGUCGAUGGUGGUGCGGCUCGGGCCGGACGGCAAGGUUGUGCGGGAAGGCGAUCAGGUCGCCAUCGGCGGCAAUGACCGCUACGUGUCGCUGUGCCGGCGCCACUGGGAGGAAGAGAUGGGCCGCAUCGACGCCGAGGACAUGAUCGGCUUUACCGCCCGGUGA